UGAGAAAUAAAGCACAGUACAAAUUGGUGUGUGUGUGUGUGUGUGUUUUGGACUGAACACGCGGGAAGCCUUAGAUGUCCUUUGGUAGCUUACAGCCAUAUAAAUAAGCUUGGAGACUUUGUAUGUUAUGUUCAUCUUCUUUAUAGUUCUUUAAUAAGCUAAGUUUAACUAUAAACAGAGAAAAAAAUGUACAAGUCAAAGCUGCAGGAGCUUUGCCACAAGAAUCAAUGGGGUUUACCAAAGUACAUAACCCUAGUUCGUCAAUGGCAUUUCUUUGGAGAUAUGGGCCAGGCCACAACCCUCUCUUUGGAGCCUCUGUUUCAGUCAAUGGCAUUUCUUUUGACUCCCUCAUCGUCUCCAAAUCAAACAAACAAGCCCAUAACCAUGCCGCCAUGCUUGCUUUUCUCCACUUCACUUCUCCUCCUUCUCCUGUUGAAGAAAGUGGCCAGAAUCUUGAUAUUCACUCAAAUGUUUCUUGGUUGAAAAGUGAUUCUUCAACACCAAUCAAAACCAACAAGACAGGAAUGAAUGUUGAAGAAACGUCUAAGAGUCUCGAGAUGCAGUCAGAUGCUUUGGGCAUCAGUGAUGGUGAAUCUACUCCCAAAUCAACUUGGAGCCCUGGUGUGGCCUAUGACUUGGUGCAGAGUCUCAAACACCAAUGCAUUUUGGUUCCACAUCAACCUCAGACUUAUGUUGAAGCUAAAGAGAAGUUUGAUACAUUAGCAGAUUCAGUAGAAACCAUUGUAAGCACAAUGGAAGUGGACAACUCAUACCCUGCAAUAACAUCUCAUAUGGAAAAACUGAAUGAAGCUGAGAAAGUCUCUGCUGUUUCUUCUCAUUCAGUAACAAACUUGAUGAGCAGUGAUGUGAAGAGUUACUUACUUUGCAAUAAGGUGAGAGUGUACUCACAGUUGCCCAAUCAUCCAUUCCCAGAGGACAUUACUGUGCUCCCCAUUAGAGAAGACAAGUGGGUGGCUGUCAGCUUGGAGUUCCCAAAUGAAAAUAAUUGAAAAAUUCCUUCACCCCAUUAUCGAGACACAAAUGUAUUCCCUUAAAAAAUUGAUGCCCAUG